CUUGGUGAAAAAUGUCAAGAAGAGAGCUGCCAUAAUGGUGCACUACAACAGACUGAAACCAUGUUAUAGACAUCCCAUGGAACAACAACAAGAAGGACUGACGUACAAGGAAAAGAAAGGUCGACUUGAGAAGAAUGAAGCAAUUGAAGAUGAAGAAUGUCUUCCGGCUCCAGCUGUUGAAAUGCUUGGAGAGGAGAUAUCGAUAGUUGUACUUCCACCAGAACUAGAGAACAGGGAGCAUGAGCUACAAGAAGAAGAACCAAACAUACACUUACCAGUCAGUCCAGAAAGAAACCGGGUUCCACCUGUGUGGCAUAGAGACUAUGAUAUUACCUAAUAAUUGACUUGUUGCGUUGAGUUUUGCGUUAAUUGAUUGUA